ACGAUGUAUCUAACUCCAUUGAAGACUGAAUUUUAAGGAAAAUCCACUGGUACUAAAAAUGCAGUCCGAUCUCGAUCUGACCAGGUAUCUCUCUAAGAGACUAGGGCUAGGCAGUCAAGUGAAAUAAAGCCGACAUUCCAUUCCUCUCGACGCUCGUCCUUUAUUGCUCAGUCCCCAUAAGCCGUCUCAAAACCUCAUCCACACCCCUGCUACGGGAUAAAAGUAAUUCUCCUGCAAUUCUUGUCUCUUUGCACCGCUGCACUAGCUGUUUUUGGCAAGACCAACCCCGCACAGCAAGAAUCCCUCAUCGAGAAGGGCGUGAUGGUCCAACAAACCAAGGUUCCCGGCCACAACAAUGCCGUGCACGAUAUCGUGCCUAAAGAAGACCAGCUAUAUAGCAUCGAGUCCCUCGAGAUUGCCCCGACGCCCAUUCUCGCCGACCGUGUCCUCUUCGUCCUCCUGAGCGGUUAUCUUCCUGAAUCCAAAAAAAAGGAGCUAGCACUCCCGGCCGAGGGCCUCGUCAAUGCGACCCUUAAAGUAAGCGGCUCAGUCGUCUACGCGGAUGGUAGUCACGACGACGAACGUUCCGUUACAUUUCCGCUCAAGACUACGCCCUUCAAUGCGCUAGCGCACCUUAGCAUUCGCGAUGCCCGUGGAGUUCAGGUCGACUACUUACCUAGCAGCAGCAGCAGUGACAUCCUAGUGGAUUUCCAGUUUCUUCCAAUGUUUUUGAGGAGCGGUAUGUGGACCUUCAAGGUCGACGCGAGACUCGGAGAUGAAGAUAAUACGUGCCUGUUUGCUAUGUCGUUGACACAGUGGUUAGAGGGGAGGCUUACGGAGUAA